GAGCACCUGCAGCCUGACCAAGAGGUUAAAUGUAGUGUCUGGCGAAAGGUAGAGUCAGAAUGAGAGGGAAACUGUUGUUGUGAUAUUGUUUGUGAAGCUACAUGGAAGAAAUGCUGGAGAAGAGAAGUGAAGGAGACAUAGACUGGGACAGGAAGAUGGGAAGAGAGAAGAUAGCAGAUUUGGGCUCCUUGAUGGAUGUAGACAUUGAGGUUGAGCUAAAUCCUGGGUUUUGCAUGGAAAUGGACUCAGAGGUGACUCUAGAGGGACAGGUGAGUGCAGGCUCACAGGAGUGCUCUGACAGUGAGGAAGUGGACUGGUUUGUGAUUAAAGGAAACACAGAUUCUCUGGUUGUGGGUGAAGACAUGAAAGAGAGAAGGAAAGCUGAGAUUGAGGCUUAUUACACGUCAAAGGAGAAUGGAGAGACUGAUGAAAAUGCAAACAUAGAUAUGGAAGAUCAGAGGAGCAAAGAGGAAAUGGUAGAGGAAGUAUUGGAUGCAUUUUUGGGGCCAAGGGAGGAAAUUGGGGUUCGUGUCCGGCUCAGUAUUGAGGAGGUGGAAAGUUACUACAGAUUUUCUUGCCGUUGCAACUGGUUAUGUGAUGAGAUCAUGCAGCUGGACAGCUGUCCUCUCCGCGCUGCUGACAUCACUCCUGACCUCCAAAAGAAGUUCGCCUUCCUUUCAGGAGGAAGAGGAGAUAAUGGCAGCCCCAUCAUUGUGUUCCCAGAAUUCCCUGCAUUUGGGGAGAUCACAGACAGGGAGUUUCACAACGUUUUGACCUACCUGACGAGCGUCCCAAGCUUGUCGUCAACAGGCGUGGGGUUCAUCCUGGUGAUUGAUCGCCGGCAAGACCGAUGGGCAGCUGUAAAAGGGACCCUGCUUCGCAUUGCAGGCUCCUUCCCAGGGAACCUCCAGCUGGUUCUGGUUCUGAGGCCCACUACCCUUCUGCAGCGCACGCUCUCCGACAUCCUCUUCAAGUUCAACAAGGAUGAGUUCAAGAUGAAGGUGCCGGUGAUCAUGCUGAGCUCUAUAACUGAGCUGCACUCCUAUAUUGAUCGCACACAACUGACCCAGGAGCUCGGGGGAACACAGGAGUACUGCCAUGAGAAGUGGAUCUCUCACCGCACAGCUAUUGAAGGCUUCGCACUGAUGGUAAAGAAAACGGCACAGACUCUGCAGUCAUUUGGGACUGAGCUGGCAGAAACUGAACUCCCAAAUGAAAUACAGGCCACAACCAUCCUUCUGAGCACACACACCAGCAAGAAAGAAAAAAUGAAGGAGGAUAUACUGGUGGCUCUGGGUCAGGGCAGCAGGCUGUUGGAGAGCAUCAAUGAGCCUGUAGUGCGAGACCCCGACCACAACAUGAACCAGGAUGAACUGGAGAAUUUGGCUACAGUUCAAAGAUUGCUGUCUCAGCUGGAUGAGACAGAACGAGCUUUUGAUGAGUUCUGGGUGAGACAUCAAACCAAACUAGAGCAGUGUCUUCAACUGCGCCACUUUGAGCAUAACUACCGAGAGGUGAGAGCUCUGCUGGAUCAGGUGUCUGAGAAACUUGCAACCUUCUCUGAGGUUGGGAUCAGUCCAGCCCAUGCUGACCACAUCUUCAUUGAGCUCACGACCUAUGAGGAGAAAGUCUGUGAGGUUCUGGCCAGAGCUGCAGCCUUGUCCCAGGAGGGUGAUGAACUGAUCCAGAAGUCCCACUAUGCUGAGGACUCCAUUCAGCCCAAAUGCAGUGAGCUUAGAACAAUCAGUGAAACUGUGAACAACAAUCUGAGAGCCAAGAAGGACCAUCUCCUCAAAGCCAGGGAGCUACACCACCGGCUGGAGCGGGCAUCAAAGUGGGUUGAUGAUGGCAUAUACCUGCUGGCUUCUCAGCCGGUUGAUAAAUGUCAGUCACAUGAGGGAGCAGAGUUGGCCCUGCAGGAGCUGGAACGUUACCUGGAUAAUGCAGGCGAGAAUCAGCUGACAGACCUCAGCACCAUCUGGAAAGACUACGAGGCCGUGCUGAACCAGCAGUUUAGGGACCAAGUGGAGAAAGUUUUCCAGAAGCAGGCGUCCAUGCAGGAGAUGUUUGACAAGAGGAGAGUCAGCCUCAAGAAGCUAGCAGCUAAACAAACCAGGCCUGUGCAGCCAGUAGCCCCGAGACCCGAAGCCUUCAUCAAAUCCCCUCUCAGCUCACCUGCACGCAGAGCAAAGCUGGAGAAGAAAUGCUCAGAGACAGACUCGGGCAACUGUGAAAAAGGAAAUGGCCAACUGAAGAACGGAGACAGUAGCAGCAGACAUACCUCUCUGUCAGAGGAGGAGGAGAACCUGGCAGUGCUCAGGCGACAUGUUAUGAACGAGCUGCUGGAAACUGAGAGGGCUUACGUGGAGGAGCUGCUCUGUGUCUUACAGGGAUAUGCCUCUGAGAUGGAUAAUCCAGCAAUGUCUCACCUUAUCCCUGCGCCUUUGCAGAACAAAAAGGAGGUUCUGUUUGGCAACAUGCCGGAAAUUUACCACUUCCACAAAAGAACUUUUCUGAGGGAGCUGGAGCAGUACACAGACUGCCCAGAGUUGGUUGGUAGAUGCUUCUUAGAGAGGAUGACAGACCUGCAGAUCUAUGAGAAGUACUGUCACAACAAACCUCGCUCUGAGAGCCUGUGGAGGCAGUGCUCAGACUGCGCCUUCUUCCAGGAAUGCCAGAAAAAGCUGGAACAUAAACUGGGUUUAGAUUCAUAUCUCCUGAAGCCGGUUCAGAGGAUUACCAAGUACCAGCUGCUACUGAAGGAAAUGCUGAAGUACAGUAAGGGCUGUGAAGGGGCUGACGACCUGCAGGAUGCGCUGACCUCCAUCGUGGGGAUCCUCAAGGCUGUCAAUGACUCCAUGCACCUUAUCGCCAUUACAGGAUUUGAGGGUAAUCUGAGUGAGCUGGGUAAACUGCUUAUGCAAGGAUCAUUCAGUGUGUGGACCGAGCACAAGAAAGGCCACGCCAAGGUUAAGGAUCUGGCCCGUUUCAAGCCCAUGCAGAGACACCUCUUCCUCCACGAGAAGGCCCUGCUCUUCUGCAAGAGGAGAGAGGAGAACGGGGAAGGUUAUGAGAAAGCUCCUUCAUACAGCUUCAAGCAGUCCCUGAAUAUGAGAGCCGUGGGCAUCACUGAGAAUGCAAAAGGAGACAACAAAAAGUUUGAAAUUUGGUGCAACUCCAGAGAAGAAGUCUAUAUUGUUCAGGCACCAACGGCUGAAGUCAAAACCACUUGGGUAAAUGAGAUCAGGAAGGUCCUGACGACCCAGCUGGAGGAAUGCAGAGAAGCAAGCCAGCAGAGGGCACCAGAUCAGGCCACCCAUGCUCCACCUGUUCCCACUGGAACCGUAAGUCUCAGCCCAUUCAAGACAGGCCAGAAGAGCAUUAAAAAGGGAGAAGAGAAGAAAGCCGAGUCAUGCAGUCCUGAUGUCAAUUCCUCCUCUUCUGUAAAGGCUGCAGGGAAAGAUGAGGGUGUGACAAGCCCGACCUCAGACAGAGCUGCUGUGGCUAAAAAGCGCUUUACUUUACAGGGCUUCAGUAACCUCAAAGCUCAGAAAGAGCCCUCAAGUACUGAUGACAAAAGUUUUACAUUACCCAUGACAGUCUUCCCAUCAUCAGGAUCUCCCACCAGCCCAGAUCACAAGACGAAACGCCAGAGUGAUCCCACACCAUUUGGCUUUAAAGGCUGGAAUAAAGCCUCCCUGUCACUCGAUGCCUCAGGGGAACAUGACGGCUACUCCAGCGCUGAAGAUCCUCUUAACUCUGACCCAGAAGACGAAAAUGGCAAGAAGCUGUGUGCUGGAAAAUACACUGUGACAGCUGAGUAUGAGAUCGGUGGCGCUCAAGAGCUCUCUGUGAAGAGCGGCGAUGUAGUGCAGCUGGUCAAGGAGGGGGAUGAUGGACAGUGGCUUGUGCGUAACUUAAACACAUCUAAGGAGGGUUGGAUUCCUGCUGCUAAUCUUAUCAACCUCAUUGGAAAAUCAAAGUCUUGUCAGUCUCUCACCAGCUCAGAAGGCAGUGGCUCUGGGAACCUCAGCACAUCAUCUAGCUGCAGUGAGACCUACACGAGCUUCUCUGAUAUCAAACCCUGAAAUACUCAGCACUUUCUUCAUCAUCAAACUGCCAUCAUUCCUACAUCAUGUGGCUAUCUGUACUGUUUUGCCAGCAUCUGUAAUCAUGAAUUUUGUCAAUUUUCCACAGAAAACAGAAGUUACAAAGGUAACUAUAGUUUUAUGAAUUCUAGGAUCACUGCCGGUGGCAGUAAACAAAAUGUCUCCUCAUAGUCUGCAGGUGUUGAAAUCUUAUAUAAACAAAAUCAUAUGCAUGAUGUGUAGGCUACCUGUGCGUAUGCGCUGUAAAUAACUUGGUAGGCUACAUAUGAGCUCUAUGAAACUUCUCAUGCUGAAAUUUUCCAAGUGACCAGCAUGACUGGCAAUCAUCUUGGGUUUCACAGAAUCACAAUCGUCUUUAUAACUUCUGUACUGUUUUACUUCUUCCUUACUGCCAGUGGCAGUAAACAAAGUGGAUGACUUAAAGCAGCAUCAAGAGGAACAGACAUCUUCUAGUCAACCAGUGGCUGGUAACGUGAAUCCACAGGCUGACAGAACCUCGCAAAUGUACACGGUGUUCCCCAAGAUGCCGCUGCACAGAUUAUGCACAGAUGGAACACCCCACAUUGCUGUCCAGGAGGUGGCCGCACCCCUGGUAGAGUGACAGAUGACACCUGUAGCAGGCAGGCACACCUGCUACUUCAUAUGCCUGUUUCAUCCUGUUUACAGCUCAGUGGGAAUGCCCCGGUAUGAACACAUCUUUUCUCUUGUUCUUUUCAUUAUAAGAAAUCAAGGACAGGUCCCAUGUUGCAGUGCCCCCCAUGUCCCAAUGUUCAAGGUCCUAGCACACCUGCCAUAAUAUUAAAAGACCAGCAGAGCUUCAGUUCUUCCAAAAAGCUCUUCUUCUGAGUUGCCAAUGGCAAAUACAAACCAGCCACACCUUUAAGAGGGCAAAAGACUAAACUCUGACAAUGACAGUCUGAAUGACAACCUCCUACCCCCUACUCCAAGGGAUGCUUACCUCCCCAACAUAGAUUAUAGAUCAUUAAUUAUCAACCUAAAGAACAAUUAACCAAGAAAAAACAGGCUGACAGCAUGAAAAUCAACGGGGCUGGGCUACCAGGUGGUAUUUCCAUCACAUUUUAGCAUAUAGGAUCUCACCCUGUGUGGCAUAUGAGGAGACAUAUUUGCUUUGUUUUCCUGCCACUGGCAGUCAUGAGUGAAUGAAACAAAACUGCAUUUUUUUUUUCAUUUUUCUAACCUCUCAGAUAAACUGCACAUUGAGAAUGUUAUACAUUUACUGUGAAGGAACAAAACACAUGCAUAUGGUAAUUUCACUGUAUAGAUCUGUCAUGGAGACAGAAGAUCCACAUGCUGAUAAUGUAAUAGAUGUAUGAAUGGGCCAGCAGGACUGAUCUCAGUGAAUGCAUCUAUUUAUGCUCACACUAAAAGCAGGGAGAGGUUAGUGGACAACAGCUGUCUUUGUGUUCACAUGCACUAAUUUCCCCAGGAGUUCAUAUUUUAACUCUGAAUGAGAAAGAGGGCAAUGUCCACUUUCUUUAGCUUGAAUGAAUUGUUCCUGAGAGCCGCCUCUCUGUCCACUUUUUAAAAAAAUGUUUAUUUAUUUGAAUGAAGCACCCACAGAUAUUCAUCCACUCUUUAAUUUUAUUGUUGUCUGUAAACUCUCCUCCUGUCUGCUGUCAGUCUGUCAUUAGAAACCUGUUCUGUCACCAGCUCUCCAGAGUUUGUGUGUGUGAGCUUUUGUCCUUUUGCUUUUGUCUCUGAUAGCCUGGUCAAACUCUUUGUGCAUUUUCAUAUAUGCUACAGUUUUACAAAUGUAUCCAUGUGAAUAAUGGGAGAUCACUGUAUAGGCUAACUUAUUCCCAGCAGAGGGAAAAUGUUUGGAAUGUAGAUAUUGUUUAUUAAUAUGUGUCUGUCAUGAUAUGUUUGUUAAAGGAGAUGCUAUAUUGUACAUUAAGUAUGGUGAUGUCACUGCUUUGUGACUUGUCCAGUUUUUUUUUUUUACAUAAAUGACUUGUGACAAUUCA